UUUGACAGAAUACUAACUGAUAGCUGACGAGCUGGACGACGAUCGUAGAAAUUAUCAACAGUCUUAUCCAAGACAUAACUGCGACACAAGUGUUGAUUACAAGGGAUAAUUGUGAUUGUGCUCAAAGGGAUCAAAGGCGAUUGUAAAGAGUUGAAUAAAGAAAACCGUGAAAAGCGUAAGCCGUGUGUCCUCGUUUACUUCUAAUGUAAUCCCACUUCUGACACCAAAUAUUGUCACUUCAAUGCCAACUCUUAACUGAUCGUCAGUUGGCCUAAUCCGACCGGAAUUGGGCAAUUUUAACUGGUCUUCAGGUCGUCCAAUUUAAUUUUCACAUAUCUGAAUCUCAGCUUUUCCGAUAGCUCUGCAGUCUUAAAACGACUAAUUGUAAAACAUUUUACCCAUCCGUUGUAAGGGUGAAGAUAAUUCGUUAUAUACCUGUGAUUGGCCUCGCGCAUGUAUGUGAAUCACACACCGUAUAAGUGUGUGUUCAGUUUAUUGUGGAGCGGAUACAGCCGUUUAUCAAGCUAUCAAACGUUACCUCAUAUUUUGGUCGCUCAAGCCACUAUCGGAAGAUACAAGACCCGAAGAAAUAUAACUGCUGUGCUUGACCAUGCAUAGAACAAGAAGGUGGAUGUAUAAGAUGCAGAGGAGGAACUUGUGCUCGAUGUGCCAUUGUACUUCACAAAAAGACCUGCGUCCAGAGUUGUCCACCAGGACACACCGAGAUUCGGUCUACAAGAGAUGAAUAUAUGGGGAGGAUCUGUAAGGAGAGCAAUUAUAUGCUUGGUCUGACAGGAAGUCAGGUGGCAAUAUUAGUUGGCGUUGUAUCCGGAGCUACCAUAUGCUUUUUCAUCAUAUUGUGCGGUGCAGUUAUAAUGCACAGAAAGAAGAGGAAGGCGGCAAAAUUAAUGCAGCAAUUUGAAGAUGGUGCCGAGCGAAGAGAGUUUUUGAAACAUUUAGCAACACUCAGGGGGGAAGCGAAUACGUUUCUUUCUAUGCUUAACGACACCAGAAGACAGGUUAGAGAAUUAUACUACGCUGGUAACAACGGCGAUGCAGCUGUCGGCGUUCAAGCUUACAGGCCAGUACUCCGCGAUCUUGCCAGAAUAUUGGUCCUCAUUAACCGAAGAGACGAUGAGAUACCGGUACCCCCUGAUGACUGGCAAAGACUCUUAGCCUGGGCUGAAAGAUUGCUGCGAAGAUAUAAAAGGCAUAGUUCACCGGAGGUGGCCCAGCUAGUGACAUUCCUUCAGCAACCUGUGAGCCCGAUUCAACUAGCAACACCUCAGCCCAUUACAUUAAUUCAACAAGCACAGCCUUACGAACUUCGAGCAACACCGACCAACCUCACAACAUUCCAAGCAAAUACACCAUUAACUACGUUCCAAGCCAGCGAAAAAUCGAGCAUAAGUCCCGCAGCUUCGAGCUUAGGGUAUGCUAAAGACAAUCAUAGUCAAAACGGAUCGAGUCUGGGAAAGAAUAGUUGUAGCAAUUAUAAUGAAAAAUUGAGUCCGAAUAGUUCAACGUUUGGUCAAACCGUUCCCCUGGUCUAUGGAGGUCAGCAUCAGAGGCAGAACAUUAAUCCAAAUCUCCAGGAGUUAGCAGUGACAACAUUCGAUCAUAAUUACAAUCCCCGCGCAGCUUCACCUCAGAGCGACACGAUCGGAGUUGAGGCAGAGUCUAGUAUAUUAGACCAAGAAUUGAAUCCUCAAUGGGAAUUCCAGUCUCCUGUCGAAGCUGCUAAUUACACAGUUCUUGCGGACUGGUUACCAAAUCAUGAUUAUCUUAUAGAUGAUUUCACAAUUUUGGGAUUUAGACCUCAGGAUGAAAUUACUACAGAGUUAUAAUUGCCGACAGGACGUGUUUUACACAUCCAUCAGACAAUCUAUUUCAAUUUCGUAUCGACGAGUCAAUGAUCCAUAUCAUCGUUCCCCCUACAGUGUCUCUGGUGUUGAUGGGUACUUUUUUGGUACAUCCCAUAUGUUAAUUGGCACGAGUGUUAACGCUUGUGGGAUAUUUGAUCAAGUUUUAAUUGAGCGUCCGGAUGUAGUACUAAAUUCAUCAUCACCAGAUAAGCCCUAUUCGCUAUUUGACAUGAUCGACUAUAUAAAGUACGACGCAAUAGUGAAAAUACCAAAUAAUUGUAAGCUUUUCUUUGUACAAAUAUUGAUUAAUAUUUAAUAAUUUCAUAUUGUUUAACAAUGAUGUAUAUUUAGCGUACUAGUCAGUAUAUAUUUUUGUUUAGAGCAAGCACUGAUCGUCUUGAUGGACGUGUGAAAAAUUUGAUCAGAAAAUUUUUAUACUUUAGAUAGAAUUUCAAUACAAUGAUAUUCUCGAAUCUCUGAGUAACGUACAUGGGUGAUUCCUUUAUAACUGUGAUUCUUUAUGCCUAGCAUUGUUUCUCUUACUAGUUAUAAAUAGUCAAUCAAUUUAUAAAACCUCUAUGGUAACAUGGUCGUAGCUAAUUCAUCCCAUCAAGUUUGUCGCAUGCAAUAACUAAGCUUGAAAGAAUACAUGGAUUAUCAUACUCAAAUGUCAGUACUGUAGCAUGCUCUGUUCUAGGGUUUAGCAUAAAUGUUUUCCAUGGAUUUGAUCAAUUUAAAGUUUGACAUUUCAGCGACUCGUGUUUCAACUACCCACGGAUGAAUGAAACAACUAUUCAGACAUAUUGAAAGUAUGUUAAAUGUUGAGUAUUUACAAACAUCAUAUCAACAAAAAAGUACAAAGAUGCGAUAACGACGUAACAUUUAAUAUUUAAAAAGGUGUUUAGAAAGGUAAAAAGGGUAUUAUUGAACUCAAUAGAAUAUGGAAUGUUGAUUUAAAAACCAAAAUAAAAAAUAGAUUUUCAGGCUUCAUAAUAGCUGAAACGAUACUUCAAUUAUUAGUUUUAUGGUUCAUAAUUAAAAAAAUAAUAAUAUUUGAACUUGAAAUGUCAGUACCGUGGCUGUCAAUACCGUGUCCAAAAAUAAUAAAUCUAUUUUUAAUUAUUAAUAAAACUAUUGCUGUCUUCAAUGUUAGUCUUUUUUUUUUUAUUCAAAAUGGUCUCUACACUACUAGGUAGCAGAUCGAGUAGAAAUAUUUCUGAAAACAGUAAUGAGAAGCGACGAUUAUCAUCGAAAAUAAAUCAUAAGGUAUAAUAAAAACCUACUUUAUAAGUUAGAAACCUCCGAAAGCGUGCCCACACCGAUUUCGUUCCAACUUUUCAUAGGGCUAUAUUACGAUGUAAAAUUAACCUGUAGCAAAGAAUUUUUGGCGUUUCCUCCAAAUAGAGGAUUUAUGAACUAAAAUAAAACUGAUAGAACAUGAAUAACGUGAAUUAUUAACACAAGAAUAACGAAUCGUAGUUUUUAAUAAGUGUGAAUGAAAAUCACAGAGAAUUGUAUGUUCGGUACGAACAUUAAUAUAUAAAAAAAAAAAAUUUGAAAUAAAAACGAAGGUCUGGGCGUUCAAAUAGCGAACGUUUAGCGGAAUCCUUGUGUACAUGUUAAUUACACACGAAAAUUAAGCUUUAUGCGAAGUUGGAACGAAAACGUCAGGGGACACUUUCGGAAGUUUAUCCCUAUAAGUUAACAAAAAUUUGAAUGAUUCAUAAGAUUGUUAGAAUUUGUAAAAAUAUUAGUCAAUGAUAAAUUUUGCUGAUGAAUAUAUUCAUCAUAUAUAUUCAUCAUUAUAUAUAUAUUUCGACUAUAUUUAUGUCGGUAUCGUGGAACAGUUUGAACGGAAUCACCCAAUGUAAUUAUUCCCAGUGAAGUAACGAAUCUGAAUAUAUUGUUAAUUUCUUUUACGCACUUUAUUAUCACGCCAUUACUGGCCUGUUGUACAAAUGGAUGUAUAUAUGUAUACGUAUGUUAUAAUAGAUAUUUAAGCAUAAAUUUUAGCAAUAAUUGAUAAUAAUAUAUACACAAUAAAAAUAAUUAAUCGUGCUCGCUCGACCAAAAGCGACCGAAAAAUGAAUGGAGAAUAUUGGAUUGACAACGAAAAUACGAGUCGCUGUUCUUAAUUAAUACUCUUGUCACAAUGGUAUACUGCAAUUUCAUGCAAAUUUUUUUCUAUUGCAACAUCAGGAUAACAGCUUGACAAAAUCAAUAAACAUGUCUCACAGUC